AGGGGUGAUUGUCCUAAAUGUUUUAAAAUAUAGUUGGUUAAAACACUUCCUCUGAAAAGAGACUACAGAAGCUAUUGGGUAGAGGAGGAAAACAGGUAAAAUUCCAUAAAGAUCUGACAUUUAAACCACAAGCGGGCAGAAUUGUAGAAUACAUGUGAGGGUACUACAGUGAUGCCUCCCUUUUGAGGAUCCUUGUUAUGACAGGUGAUGUGCACUUGGUGAGGGAACUGCUGCUGCCACGUCCAACCCUCUGACUUAGAAUUUUGGCCUUUGGUGUGAAAGAAUAUGCCAGAAGCUUUUUUUUUUUGGUAAAUUCUUUACAGGUUUAGUAGGGGAUGAAUUCACUGACCAGGUGUGGCACUGAGAACAACUUUAGUAUAAUUUUCCAAAACCUAUAAACUAAUGUCGCAGCACAUCUUACCACUCUAGAAUUAACCUCCCUUUCCCUGCUUUGGUCCUAGCAGGCUCACUUUGCUUCUAGAGUGUUAAACAGCUUUCCAGUGGCCAUCUCAUUAAAUUCCACUGCCAGGGUGACCUAUCCCGUUUGCAGGAUCAACUCAGAUCCUUACCAAAGACAACCUUUCCCAUCGCAUUUUGUUAGCAAUGCUUUAUAUUCAUGCUCCUUAGAUACAGGACGCUUUAACAGGAAUCCUUCCAUGCAGAACUCCUCCUUUAACACAGCUCAUGUGCCAUGACUCUACUAGGUGCUGGUGAUUUCGGUCCCUCCCUACCUUCAAAUAUCUGCGGGUUCGUGGCCACUUGUUUGAACACCAUGUUGACAGCGCGAGACAAGUACUGUUCGUUGCGCCUUUUGGAGCUUGAUACUUAACCAUUUUUUACUAAUGAGAGGAAAUGGACUACCAGGUCAAGGAAUUUGCCGAAGUCCAAGAUUUAUCUCCAGGUUCUUUACACCUCCAACGUCCUGUAGUUUAAGAAUCUUGAACAUUAUUCAUGAGUGUAUUUAGCUCGAAACGCAGGCUCAGCCUUUGUAAAUCAGUCGGAGAACCUCCAGGCUGAGCACCGAGGGUGAGAGCGGAACCGGAAACGCACUCACCUCUCUUCCUCAACAUGGCCGCCAGCCCCGCGCUGCUGCUUGGUUUCCGGGAAUGCGGAGGGAUGGCGUCAUCACCGAGCGCCCGGCCGAGUGGGUUGCGCAGAAGGCCACGAUCGUGAGGCGGGACGAUGCUUAGCCGGCUUCAGGAGCUACGCAAGGAAGAGGAGACGCUGCUUCGGCUUAAGGCGGCACUGCACGACCAGCUGAACCGGCUCAAGGUUGAAGAGUUGGCCCUUCAAUCAAUGAUUAAUUCUAGAGGAGGAGAUGAGAUGCUGUCUUCUCAAUCUGCACCUGAACAGUCACAAGAUCAGACGUUGGUGCACGUAGACAAUGAAGCUUCAAUCAACCAAACUGCACUGGAGUUGAGCACAAGGAGCCAUGCUCUGGAAGAGGAGGAGGAGGAAGAGGAGGAAGAAGAAUCAGAUUCCUGAAGGGGGAAAGAACCAGGGUUAGUUAUACGAAGUAAAUAUCUAAAGCUCGGGAACUUUCUAAAGGAAUCUGUCUAGCAUGGGCCCUAUAGCCUGACUGAAAGGGAAGCAGGAACUAUAGAAAGAUGUGCAGUUGAAAAAAUGGCUCCAUGAAUAACCUCAAGCUUCAGGAUGUGUUAACAAAAAUUGGUGAACUGUAGAAAAUCACAGAUGCAGUGUCUUAGUAUUGAGUGAUGUGGGUGGUGCUGUGUCAGUAAUCUAGUCAGAGUCAGUAUUUGUGUUCAAAACAGACAAAACUUCCUCUGAAAUGCCAUUGGAAAAACCUGGCAUUUGCAAAAAGGGCAGAGUUUAAAUACAAGCUAGCUUUUCCAGUCAACAGUGGCUCUUUUAAGAGAACCAGUUAAAGGCUGUUAACAUGCUGCUGAGCUCUGUGAGCACAGCAAGGCCACAGCCGAGGAGAGAGGAAGAUGGCCAGGUGCCCACUGUAGACUGCUUUUUGUGUGGCUGUCAUCACAUCCAGCUUUGAGACAUCACAGUGUGGUGAAAUGUGCUUAGAAAUAAAUUAUAGCUCGCUGGUUUCCAGACACCAACAGAAAAGGAUUAUUAGUUCCUCU